AAUUCAUAAUCGGGUUCCUGUUUUUCCCGGAGCUCUCUAGGGCUUCGAUAAUUCGAAAGAUUCUUAGAUUGUCGUACACUAGACCUAUCUUUUCCUAUCUAUAUCUGAAAAUCAAAUCAAUAAUCGAUGGGGAGGAGGAAGGAGCGUAGACUCGCGGCCAUGAGUGCCGCUGGUCGUAGAGUUAAACUGGAUCUGUUCGCGGAACCCUCUGGAGAUUCGGGUGCCUCCUCUGCCGAGGAUAAAGUUGGAGAGAAUGGUGACUCUGAAAAUCAUGCUGGGUUACCCAAUUCACCAUCAUCUUCAGGACAACAGCCAGGUAAUCCUCUACUGCUUCUUGAGCAGUAUAGUGAUGAAGAAUUGGAUGAGGAAUCAAAUGAAGGACGAAAUCGAGCAGUUUCUGAGGACCCAUCUGUUGACACUGAUGGCCAGACAAAAAUUGCUGAUGGGAAAGAAAUUGGAGAUACUGGAAACAAAGAUGGGAAUGAGCCUUCUGUUCUUGUGAUAGAUAAUGAUUCUACUCAGAAUCCUUUGCAGAAACUCAGGAAAGGGAGUGAGAUAAUAAGUGAUUCUAGUGAUUUGGACAGAGGAACAAAUCCAGCCGAAGAAGUCACAUAUCCUGGAGUGUCUGAUGUGCAAGUUGUUGGAGAUGUGAGUACAGGCUGGAAGGUCGUGUUGCAUGAAGAGAGUAAUCAAUAUUAUUACUGGAACAUUACAACCGGUGAAACUUCAUGGGAAGUACCUGAUGAUUUGGCCCAGAUAACUGAUAUGAGUUGUUUAGAGAAAGCUACUGCUGAUGCUGUAGAAAAAUGCAUUGGUUUAGAGGGCACAUCCGGAUCAAGUAUACCUUUGGACAUGGAACAUGGCGAUUCCACCACCGGGCAACUUAAUUGUGGCUCUGACGCCAAUUGCAAAACAGGUUAUGUUAGUGAGCAAGUGGCAAAAAUGCAUGGAUAUGACGAAGGAUGUAAUGGUGAUUCUGUAGAUGAAGAAAAAGGAAACCAAGAUGCUGAUCAAAAUAAUGAAACUUCAUUGCUUGCCAAUAAUCUUUUGGGCAAUGAGAUCGCCUCAAGUACCAAAAUAAAUCAUGGAAUGCCUUCUGAGGAAUGUGAAACUGGAGCCAACCUUUCUUCUCAGCUGGUGAAGCACUGUGAAAGAUUGUUGGAGCGAUUGAACUCUGCGAAAGGUGUAAGCUGCCAUCUACAAGCGCGUGAUCUUAUAUCAAAAUAUGUAUUGGAAGUUGAGAUUAGGCUUUCUGAUAUCAAGGCAUUAACAAAUCAUGGUACAUCACUCCUGCCCUUUUGGUUUCACUCUAAAGGUCAGCUAGAGCAACUUGAAGCUGCUAUAGAUGAUGUUGCUACGCUAUAUAAUUCUUCCCUGACAAAUGAAGUUGAGGGCACAAAUCAAUCGUUUGAAGGCAUUGGUGAUGCAGUUGUUUCUAGUGAAAAGAAGCCAUUAUUUCCUGUCAUAGUUCCUCAAGAUUCUGAAUAUGCUGCCCACGACUCAUAUUAUAAAUCUUAUGGUGAUGGUGCCUUUACCGCUGGAAGUGUUGCCUCAAGUGGGCAUCUUACUGCACAUUCAGGUAAUAAUUCUGGAGGAAAAAGUGAAAUCAAUGGAUUUGCACUUCAUAGUGAAUUAACUCCCAAAACUGUCCUCCAUUCUGGGGAGGAAGUAGACAUGGAUGUGGACAUGGAAGUUGAAGAUACAGUUGCUUCAGCAAAUCCAUCUAUACAAGAUGCAUUAGGUGCGGAAUCUCUCCUCCCAUCAGAGCAAGCAAAUUUGCAUAAUCUACUGGCUGACCAGGAACAUUCAGUGCCAGGGCAAAUAUUUAGCGUUCCACCUCCUCCACCUGAAGAUGAUUGGAUUCCUCCCCCGCCACCUGAUGAUGAACCUUUUCCUCCCCCACCACCAGACGUCGAGCCUCCUCCCCUGCCACCUGAUGAGCCACCUGAAACCUCAGUCCCCCCACCAUCUCACUUAGAGUUAGGACAACCUUUUACAUACACUGGACAGUACAAUCUAUCAUAUCCUGGCAGUAGUCUCGACUACUAUGGGCAAACAAACACAGAACUUGCUGGUGCUAGUCUCUAUACAAAUCCCGAGGGAAGUCAGGUGGCUGUCUCCCAUCUACCACAGUAUUAUGACAGUGUCUCGAAUGUAUAUGGUGCUGCUCCCUUAGUAGUCAACCCUGUUGAGCCUGCUUCGUAUUACAGCCUUCAAAAUGGAACUGUACAUCCUGCUUUGUUGGUUAGUGGCACAGCUGUGGAGUCUUCUGGGACUCAUAGUGAAACUAUUCUCGAAAGCCUCGGCUCUGAAACAGCUGGAUCCUCCAAUGCCCAUGCAGAAACGGGUUCCAGUUUGUUAUCACAGACAAAAGCUGAUGUUCUUGAUGCUGACCAGGUAACCGUCAAGGUGCCAGUGGCUCCUGAUUCUGAACACACUAUUGAAGCUCCACCAACUGCUUCAAAUACAAAAAGUGUCUCUGUCUCAUCAACCUCUUCAGUUACUGCUGCUACUAUUGCUGGAGCAACAUCUUCUAAGGUACAAUCUAAAGUUUCACGUACUAAAAAAAAGACUGCUGCUGUGGUAUCCACGUUGAGAUCUAAUAAAAAGGUUUCCAGCUUGGUCGACAAGUGGAAUGCUGCAAAAGAAGAGUUGCAUGAAGAGGAAGAAGAACCUGAAAAUGCCGAUGAAAUGUUAGAGAAGAAACGACGGCGUGAAAUAGAGGAAUGGCGAGCACAGCAGAUUGCCAGUGGAGAGGCUAAAGAUAAUGCUAAUUUUCAGCCACUGGGGGGUGAUUGGCGAGAACGAGUGAAACGCAGGAGAUCCCAAAAGAUGAAUGAGACUGAAAAGAGUGAAUCAGAUGUUGCAACGGAAGGGAAUCAGCAACCUGAUUUAGCUUCACUUUCAGGAGGUCUUCCAGCUGGAUGGCAGGUUUACUGGGAUGACUCUUCGAAGCAGGUCUAUUAUGGAAACACAUUGACGUCGGAAACAACCUGGAUUAGGCCAGCAGAUUAGGCUGGACCUCUGUCCAAAUCAAUUUCUAGUUUUGCUAUAAUGUAAUUGAUUUUAGCUUCCAAUAUAUUGAAGUUUCUAAUCAUUCAUCUCUGUCCUGGUAGUCUUCUAGUAAAAUAUCAUGUUUGCAAAGUGAAUUUUUUUUAUAAUUACUUUUGGUCAAAAAUACUUUUUAUCCCCAA